CUUGUACCAUGUGACCUCUGUGAUCAUUCACAGAUUCCACACGUAGUAAGCAAUGAUGUCAGAAGUGACAUCUUGCUUACUACUCUGCAUGUGAUCACUGAUUGGUCAAUCGGUGAUCACAUGAUCGGGACCUCUGACACAGCGGGCACAGGAUCAUGGUGCUGCGAGCUCCCAGGGACUGCGCACAAGCAGGGAGGCCAUUUAUAAAUGGCCACCCCACCCUGCACUGCCACCGUCCGGCCGUUUAUAUACUACGGCCGGACGGGUGGUGGUUAAAGUGUUCUAAAUGCUAAAGGUUUUUUACUUUCAUACAUUCUA